AUGUUAUAUAUAUUUUUGAUUUGGUCCAAACUCCUUGAGGUUGGAACUUGUGCGACUAUUGUCUCUACUACAUUUUUUAAGGCAACUUUAUCAACUAACCCUGAUGUAACAACUCUUAAGCUAAACACUGAAUAUUUAAUCAAAUUUGAAUUUACAUUACCCACUAGUCCUAAUUCAAGCACAGACUAUUUUAAAAUAAUUGUAGCGGGAUUUGCAGCUUUGAGAUCUCCAGAUUAUUCAAAAUGUUUUAAAGAUUCUACCGCAGUUGGAGUUGGAAGCAAGGAUAUUCAAUUUAGCUUUGAUAAGACUGAACACCCUCCAUUUAUAAUGUUUUAUGCUACCACUGGUGCAUCACUUGUAGAACAUACUUGUUAGGGUUUCAGUUUGGUAAAAUCUACAGAUAUUAUAAUUGACUAAAGUGAUAAAAAGACCUUUACCUUGACAGGGGGAACAAUAACUAUCGAUUCCAUUAGUCCAUCAAAUAGGAUUUUCAACUUGAAAUCAACCUAUACUAUCAGGCUUACCUUUGAGAAUCCUCUGAGUUCAACCAAUUAAUUAACCUUCACAAAACCAUCAGCUUUACAAUCAGGCACACCAAUUAUAUGCUCAGGAAAUCCAUCUAGUGGAAUUCAAUGUUCUUAUGAUUCAUUAAAUGAAUUGAUAAUAAUUACUACUUUAGAUUCUACUAAGACAUAAGUGAUUUCACUGGACUUUACUAACCCCUAGGCACCAACCACAUUCCUUACUUUUAAUAAUUUUAUUACAAAAAUUGAUAAUGUAGUUGAUACAAGCAGUACUUCCUUAGUUGUCAAUGGCUACAAUGAUGGAAUACUUACAGAUAUAUAAAUAGAUAGUGGAUCUUAUAAAGUAGGUUCAAGUGCCUUUAUAAAAUAUACAUUUAAAAACAUAAAUGAUAUAGAACUUAAUUCAGAAAUUGAAUUAACAUUACCUAGCGAUAUUAAAUGGGAUUUAUCAUCUAAAUCAUGUUCUUUGAGUGUGGCAGGCGUACUAAAAGUUUGCGAUUACGUAUAAAGUUCAACAGAUGCUUAAGUAAUUACAGUAACAAUAACCAUAUCUAAUUCAAUACCUGGAGGAACAUCAAUAAUUUUAACAAUUAAUUCAAUAAUAACGCCAAAUACCUUCAAAUCUGCAACUGGAUUCUCAUUUAAGAUAAUUAAGAAUACGGUGGAAUAUGAUAAGAAAAUAGCCUUUGGAAGUUUGACAAAUACACAAUAAAGCGGCAUUAGUCUAACAAAUCUUGCUAGAUCAGAAACUAAGAAUGGUGCUCAAUCAACUUAUACUUUUGAUACUACCUUCGAAACUGAAUAGCCUGUUGGUACAAAAAUAACAUUUACUCUACCAGGAUUUCUGUUAGGCAAUGUGAAUAAAGUGGAGUUUUCUGAUUUUUCUCCCUAUACUGGUUCCAAUUUGAUAGUUAUUUCAUCAGCAGCUACGAUUACAAUCUAAUUAAAUGGAGUGGUAAAUAAGAAUUAAAUUUGUGUUACUAAAAUAUAUAAUGUAGUGAAUAAAGAUAGUAUUGGUACAAUUACAGCUGAGACAGUCUUAGGCACUUAUAAGAUAUCAAGCACAACUUAAGGUACAGCUCUUAUAGUUCCAAGUGGUGAUCCAAAUACUAUCACUAUUGAUUUCAUGAAUAUCGAAAAAAAAUUACUAGGAGUUUUAGAUACAUAUUAUUUUAAAGCAACAUUAUUUAAUAUACCAUCUGCAGGAUCUACUAUCAUUGUAACUAUGCCAGAAAAUUUUUCUGUAGAUGUUGGGAAUAAAGAAUGUAAAGCAGCAAUGGAUAGACUUGCUGGAUUAACAGUAGAUACAUGUUAAGUUAAUAAUUAGGAAAUAAGCAUUAAAACAAGUGCGAUUUCAUCUAAAAAUAUAGAAUUUCGACUGAAUAACUUAAUUAGGAAUCCCAAGGUCUCGUAAUCUACCUACUUUUUUUAAUUAAGAACAUAGGGAGAUACAACUAUCAUAGAUAAAUCGAGCAGUUCAGAUUCAUUAUUAUAAUUUAAAUUAAAUUGUCCUGCUACUCCUUCAGUAUUUUGUAAGGAAUGUGAUAAUUCCGAUAAUUGUUUAUCAUGUUAUACUGAUGUCUCAAUAACCACUAAUAUUUACCUACUAGAUUAAAAAUGUAUAAGUACUUGUGGAUAAAAGUAUUACAGUGAUUCUAGUAAUGCUUGCAAGACUUGCCCAGAUAAUUGUUUAGAAUGCACUAGUAGUACUGUAUGUCAAAGUUGCACUGAUGAUACAAAUUAUGAACUCAAGAAUAGUAAAUGCGUUAAGAAAUGUACUGAAAAAUAAUUUGAUUUUAAUGGUAUAUGCACACCGUGUAAUGAGAACUGCAAUACUUGUGUUGAUCAAAGUACGAAAUGCACAUCAUGUGGAACCACCAAUAAUUUGCUUUAUUAAAACAAGUGUGUUUCUUAAUGUCCAACAGGAAUAUUUUAGGUUGGGUUCUCUUGCAUUGCAUGUACUUCGCCCUGUAAAACAUGUAGCACUGGUCCAACUGCAUGCCUUACUUGUGUUAAUAAUUAUUAUUAUAAAAAGACAUCAUUGAGUUGUGUUACUGAUUGUGGUAAUAGAUAUUUCUAAGAUGGAAGCGAUUGUACUUAAUGCACUGAACCAUGCAAUAAUUGUUCCAGCAGCACUAUCUGUAUUGAUUGCAUUACAGGAUACUACUUAUUCAAUAAUAGUUGUAUAUCAACAGUACCUAAUGGAUAUUAUAAAUCAGGCACCUCCUUAAUUAAAUGUCCUAAUAUUUGUGGAAAUUGCAUUUCAGAAACUGAAUGUACCUCUUGUCCAACAAACCAAUAUUUGUUAUCAAAACAAUGUAUAGAUAAAUGUCCUGAUAAAUAUUAUUCAUUAAAUUUUGUCUGCUAUUCUUGUGAUGCAUCUUGCCUAUUAUGUUCAUCAAGCACAGUGUGCACUUUGUGUCCAGACAAUUAUUUACAUUUGUCAGGUAAAUGCUAUCAGAAUUGUCCUACUAAAUACUACUCCUUGGAGUAAUAGUGUUUAUCUUGUCAAUCAUCUUGUGCCACUUGUGCGAAUGGCCUAGAGUGUAAGACAUGUCCAACAAGUUCACCAUAUAUGUCAAGUAACCUAUGUGUUUCCACCUGUUUGGCCAACUAUUAUAUAAAAGAAUUUGCUUGUGUUAAGUGUUCAAAUGAGUGUGCUACUUGUGAUGAAAAAGGAUGUCUGACUUGCAUCGAGAAUUACAAAUAUUUAAAUUAGACUUGUGUAACUUCAUGUCCGAGUGGAUACUAAGAUUUGAAUAAUGUAGGAAUAUGUGACAAGCUGACGAGUUCAGAAGAGCAAUUAAUAUCCAAUUUACAAGAGAACAAGUACAUACCCAUUCCAUUCACAAUAGUAUCGAUAAUUAUGAUUUUGAGUGUUGCAGUAGCUAAGAUAUCUAAAUCUGAGACUUUUAUUCCAGGAUCAGCAGUUGGUUUAUUGGGUCUAAUCAUUGUAGGUUCAUGGGCAGUGUUACUUAUUUUACAAUUGGAUUACAUUUUGGAGAAACUAGAAAUGUAUCUAUUAAUGAGUUCGAUUGGAGUUCACAUUAUACUGAAUCUCAUAAAUCUAUGUGUUAUCAAACAUAGUACUAAAGGGGACAUUGCUUUUAAUUAGUGGUAUGCAGCAAGGAAAUCCAAUUCCUGUGCCUACAUCUUCCUAAAUGUAUUGUCCUUACUGAGUUUCACUAUGACAAGAUUUUAUUUUUCUAGGUACUUCGGAUUUAGAUUCUUGAAAUGUAGAUUAUCAGAUGUUGAAAAUAUGGUAGGAAUGAAUAUCAUCAAUGGACUCUGUGCAUUUUUUUGUUGUAUUCCUGCUUUAAUAGCCAGUGUGCUUCUAGCCUAUAGGGAUCAAUAAAGAGAGUAAUUAUUCAUCAGCAGUAUUGACUCAUUCAUAGUGACCAUCGUCUUUGCAAUUUGUUUGAUAUGUGAAACUCAAAAAGAAGAAAACUUUUUUGAAGAAAACAAUAAUGUAACUGCUCCACAUUCUCUCUAAGUUGUUCCUGAUUACUUUUAAACCAAACGAUCCAAAAGAUUUUCUUUUGAUGAAUCCAUUAAUGGCUAAUAGUUUAAUAAGAACGAGUAAGAUCAUGAGCCAUCCUUCCCCAAAAUUGACGAAUCCAUUGAAUAUAAGGAUAAUCAAUCCUUUCAGAAUAUGAUGCAUUCUCAAAUGAUCUACAAAUAAGAGAUUCCAGAUCCAAAAAAAGAUAAUUUCAAUCUUUCUUAAGAAGAUAUGAUUAUUAAAAUACAGAGUAAUGAUGUUUCCGAACCCAUAUCAGUUAUAGAAUCAUCAAGAGAAUAUUAGAAUAAAAUUUAGGAAUAAAAGAAAUUAGAAGAACUAUAGAGGUAGGAAGAGUUAAAGAGAAUUGAAUCAGAAAGAUUAGCAGAACUCAAAAGAAUAGAGGAUGAAAUCAAAUAGCAAGAACUCGAAAAAGCUAGAAGAGAAAAAGAACUAUUACAAUUGGAAGAACAGAAGAAACAAUAGGAACUGUUAAUUUAGUAAUAGUAAGAGGCAAUGAGAUUAGAAAGAACAAAAGAGGAAUAAAGACAGGCUGAAUUGGCAGAAUAGGAAGAGAGGAGAAUAGCUGAAUUAAAGAGAAUUGAGGAAUAAUUAUAGGCCGAGAAAUUGAGAUAGGAAGAAUUAAAGUUAAAACAAUAAGAAGAUGAUUAGAGAAGAUUAGAGGAGGAACAAUAAAAAAAAAGAGAAGACGAGAUUAAAUAAUUAUUGGAAGAAUAACAAUUAUAGGCAUAGAAAGAAUAAGAAUUGCUUUAAUCUAAAUUAAAUAAAAUCAUUUUAGUAGAUCAAGAUGAUGAUGAUGUUGGAUGGAAUAUGGAAGAUGAAGAGAAUCAGGAAUAAAGUAUUGAUCAAGGUUAUUAAUAAUAAAUACAAAAGGAAAUUAUUUUAGAUGAAAACAAUGAUGCUGAAGAUAAUUGGGAUGUCCCAACCUCCAGGUUUGUCAGUAUCCAACCAAAAUCACAUUUAAAAAAGGAUAAAUAAAUUGAAGAACCUUAAAAUCCAUUUAGAGGGGAGAAUUAAAGAUAUGCAGCUUAAUCAGAUCUAUUGAAAUUCUCAAGUGAUGAUGAAGAGGAUUGGGCAAAAAACCAAAUAUCUCCAUCCGAAUUCAAUGUUCUUAAUUAAAGAUUCAAUCAAAAUGACCACUCUGCUACAUAAGUUGAUCGAUCUAAUAUGUUCUCUUCAACUGGCUAAAAUUUUACAUCUCUUACAAAGAGACCAACCUAACCUGAUCCUUAAAUAAUUAGUGAUGACGAUUCAAUCAACCAAAGCGAAUAAUUUCCAAAAAUUAAAUAAACUAAAGGGUCUAAAAAACAAAAUAAAGGGCAACAUAAAAAGAUGUAGUCAUAAAGAUAAAAGAUUUAAUAAAAAGGUAAAUAAAAUAUUACAACUAAUGAUAUCCAGUUUUGA